AUGAGCCUUAUUCGAUCCACCUGCGAUCGUUGCUAUGCCGCCAAAACGCGGUGCACCAAGGAUGCCUCAUCCAACCAGUGCCACAAGUGCCUACGGUCAGGUGCAGUCUGCAACUACAGUCCGCGCGGCCACGCCGGCCGUCCGCUCGGUCGCGGGACAGGCCAGUCAAGCCCGUCCAGCCAACGCCCAACCCCAGCCAUGAGUAUUGACGAACCUUUCAUCACCCUGCCUCCGUCUGUCGCUUGCAGCCAAGACCUCUUCGGCAACCUCCAAUCCGACGAAAACACUGCCGCCUACUUGUGGGACCAUCAGCCCUUGCUAGACGACUUCGGCCAGCCUUAUAUGCCCAUCGAUGAGGCAAUCCACAGUGGUACGCUUACGGUAUCAACCGCAAGCUCAGAUGUUGCCGCCGACUUGUUCUUGCCCUUGGGGGGCGGCAGCGCCCACCGCUUUAGCAGCGGCACACACCAUGACGCCCAUUCCAGCAGUGAUGCGCCUUCUGCCGCCGCUUCGCUCAAGAGCGAGAGCCUGCACAGCCAGCUCGUAGUCACACACACCGAGCUCAUCGCCUUCUCCCAGUCGCUUGCCGUGUCCUUCAGCAUGACCGACGACAUGGAGGUCAUCUACAGGCUUAGUGCCGAGAUGACCGGAAUACUCCAGCGCCUCAAGGAGAAUGGGCUGUGCUACCCGCCGAUACCAAGUGCCAAGUGCCACGGCAUGACGUCUCUGCUUAUACUGGGCUGCUACGGCUAUCUUCUCGAGGCCUAUGUUCAAAGAUUUGGCGUCAACUUGCUCUAG